AUGAAAAUUGUUAAGUGGACUCCUGACUUUGAUCCAAGUAAAGAACCACCUAUGGUUCCUAUUUGGUACAAGUUUUCAAGUCUUCGACUUCCUUUGUUUAAGAUGAAUGCCUUGUUUAACAUAGGAAGAGCCUUGGGCACACCUUUAAAAGUGGAUGCCCCUACUUAUAAUAAAUUCAGGCCAGCACUAGCCAGAAUACAAGUGGAUAGAGACAUCACCUUCCCUGAAUUGAAAAGAAUCUGGAUUGGCUCAGAUACUGAUGGAUUUUGGCAGGUCAUUGUCCCUGAACAAAAACCCUACUAUUGCCAACAUUGCAAAAUGUUUGGCCACACAGUGGAAAAGUGCUAUAGAUUAUAUCCACCAACCAAAAGAAAUGCUGGCAGGGAUCAUAAGGAAACAAGAAACACCUCAUUGAACGCCAUGGAAAACUUUGCUGAAGAAAUACAUCUGCAUAACAGGAAGGAUAACACCCAAAGAAUUGAGGAAACACUCCCAACCAUUAAAGCAAACUCUUCAUCAGAGGAUCCUUUAGGUGAGUCAUCAGAAGUUUCCCCCACAAACAGAAACACAGGGACUUCUCCAAUCAAAAUAGUUAGAAAGGAAAUCCAAGAAAUUACUAUAAUCACUCCUUCACCUUCCCCUCAUGAGGAAGGACAGACAGACAUUCAUGGCAAGGCUCCUGAGGAUCAGUUAUUGCUGGCAUUCGGCAGGCAAUAG